AACUGCGGAGCGGGGAAGGCGAUGGGAUAUUGAGGACGAUGGAAUUGUGAGGAGUGAGGAAAACCGCGGACCAAAUACUCACCAUACACGGCAUCCAGACAUCCAGUAGACCGUGCUCUGUGCAUCUGAGAAGUUCUAGAAAGGACAACCAGAUCAACUAGAAGGAUCCGUGAUGGACUGUGGGAAAAAAACCCUGUUUUUCUUUACUUUCUGUGCACUCGUUGGCACCGAAAUAAUUCUGGAAAUAACAACUGAUCUGGAAUUUUUGAUUUCUGUCCCAUCAACCCACAUCGGAGACACAGAGCUUGUGUUCACUUCUCUAUCCAUUGGAAAUGUGUUUCUCAUUGAUGCCGUGAAGAAUCAAACCAAAUGCAUCAAUUCCACCGACCCCCUGUGCUCCUCAAUGAUCAAAGCCCCAGCGGUUGAUGUGUCGGUGACUUCAACAUCAAGUGAUGAAAAAUAUUUUACUUAUUCUGGCUCUUUUAAUGAGUCAGUGUGGUUCAUAAUAGGUGUUGACCCUGAAGUCAGUGUAGAGCGUUUCAUUAUGGAUAGUAAAAACGACACAAUCACUGUGACUAUACUUAUUGAGUAUAAUCAUGUCAACAGAAGAAUUGACCCAACCUUUCCUACAAGGCUCACACCUACAACAUUUAGCUUUAAUACUGAAUUUAUCAGAACUAAAAGGAUCAUGGAAGAUAAUGGAAAAGGGAAUGGACAAUCUACCCUGCGUUGUGCUCCGGUGGGUGCGCUCGUUCUCCUCGCUCUGACUCCAUUUUACUUCUCAAGUGACUGAUGAUAUCAUUGCCUCGCCAUUUCAAGGUAAUUAUUCGGUGAAUCGAGGCCUUAAAGUAUCCAUCGGCACUUGGAGAAAGUCAACAGCUACUUAAAGUUUCUUUAAAAAAUUAUGAUUCUGUAUGUUACUCGCUAGGUCAUGCAAAUGCUGUACAUGUCUUUUUUUAUGUGUCUAGCUUCUGUAUUUGGCUCACAAAUUCCUAUGUUCUGCUGCUCGCUUAUUCUAACAUCCACUGCUCAGGAAGGGGCAUGUCCGAGGCAAGUACUGAACCCACCCUCACUCACCAUGCAUUCACUAUCUUCCUCCUUGAGUCUGCUGUGCUGGGUCUCUUCAUCCAAUUACUGCAGGCUGCCUUCUCCACUCUGUUUUCAGACAGGAGUCUGAUAGACAGGACAGGAGUGAGCACAGAGUAGUGCUAGUACUGCCCCCACUUCCUGGACUUUGUCCCUGCCUGUGCUUCAGCUAGGACAAAGACGAUGCUACAGCCGGACAGGAUUAUUUUCUGGAUGGUAUGGGGACCCCUAGUGGUCUUUCUAUAGGCCUUCUUUGAUUUCUUUGAGAAAGAAGGAAAAAAAUUAAAGGGGUAUUCCAGAAAAAAAAAUUAUAUAUAUAU